AUGAAAUUAUUUCUGAUAAUAAAUCUAUUUCUAUUUUCUUCCACUUCAAGUUUUACAGUAACUAAUACAUGUAGAAAACCCAGUAAUGGAAGAGAAACUGUGAGUUUAAUAAUUUUGAAACGAAAUUAUUGAAAAUCAAUAAACCAUUUUCAGGGUUGCUUAUUAGUUGUACAAUUCAGUAAUUGCGAAUUGCAAUCAGCAAGUGCUGAAAAUUUAAAGGUUCAAGAGAGAAUUGAAGAGGUAAUAAUAUUUUAGACCGAAAUUUUGAUCAAAUUUUAUUACUUUAUUAGAUUGACAAGAGAGGUGGAUUUCAAUGUUACGGAGUUAUACCUCAAAAAGUUCGUUGUUUUGUUUCAUACAAUAAUUUGGAUCGCGAGUCUGAUAAUCGGUAUAAGAUCAAUGAGGAUGUUGUAAUAAGAAUAUUGAAAUCCCAUUCUGAUAUCGAAACAAAAAUAAAAAAUCGAUUGGUACAAGUUAGUUGGAUCAAAGCAGCUUACGAAAACAAUAAACCUGUUACUAAGGAAGAAGAAAUCAAGCACUGGAAAGAUUGUGUUCUGAAAAAUAUAGAACUACCUCGUGAGUUUUAGCUAUUAAAUUUUAAUGAACACUUUAUACUGAUUUUGAAACUUGUUAAACAACGGUUUUAUAUGUAUUUUAUUUUCAGCACGCUCUACUUCUUCUCCUUUUCCACCUAUAUCUUCUCAACCACCUCCAACACAACCAGCAUCUGUGUCCAUUUCCACCUUCUACUGUUCCUUCAACUUCGGAACCACCUCCUAUUUCAACGACACUUCCACCAACAACUCAAAAUCCAAACAUCACACAGAUUAAAUUGAAUUGCACAAAUUCAAAUUCAAAUGAUUUUUGUCGAUACGAUGUGAAGUACAAUUCUCUCCGAAUCACAUCAAUUAUUUCAACACCGUAUUCAAUUUCUGAUCCGAAGGUGAAUUUAAUUUAUUAUUAAAAUUAAAAUUAUGAAUAUCAAUUUUUAGAUCUCGUACUAUUAUUCCAAACAAUUAUUCAGUUGUCGAGCUUAUCAUAAUUUCUUCACUUGUUUUUGCUCAACCAAUUAUUCACAAUGUUUCUUGAUUGAAGAAGUAUUUGAGGCAAUUUAUAUUUUGAGUCGAGAUAAUUAUACAAGAUCUAGCUCUGAACUCAAAAAUCAGGGAAAUUCUGAAGAAAUCGGGAAUUUCGGACCUCUCCUAGAUCUUCUGGAAAAUUAUAGAAGUCAAGAAAUUGAAUCGGAUCUGAAAAGUCAACAAGUAAUUCAUAUCAGUGAAGAUUGCGAUAUAACAGGAUCGAAUCGUCCAGUUAGUUUAACUCCCACUAGAAAUACACAGUAUUUCAGUGAUCCAAAGAAACCAGGAAGUAUUUCAAUUGAGAUGGAUCUUACAAAUAGCUCAGGUUUAUCAUUGAAUAUAUUUUGUAACAUUCAAUGUCGAGAAAAACAGAAUUUUCCAUCGGUUUCGGAUUUAUUGAGAAAACAGCUGUAUUGGAAAAAUCAUAAAUUUAUUGAUUUUAUUGGUCCCAAUAAUGAACCAGAUGGUUAUAUUCUAUGCGCCUAUAAUGCGUUGAAAUCACAAGGUCUGAAUCUGAAUGUGGAGGAGAGUUUGAUCGAUUUGAAUUCCACAUAUUUCAAAAAUGAUCGAGGAGAUCUUACUGUUGAUCUAAUUCUAUGCUCAACCCAAUCUAUUGUAUUUGUAUUUUUCAUAUUUAUAUUUAUGAUAAUUGGAAUUAUUUCAAAUUCUCGACAUCGAAAGAAGGUUCCUGAAUUGAAAAAGAAGCAGCCUGUUGUUGGUAAGAAUCUUCUUCCGCAAACUAAAGAAUGUUUUCAAAAUGUGAUGUUUUUCAGUUAAUCGAGAGGUUAAUAAGACGACUGAGAAUACGAAAAGCAAACAUACUACUACAACCGAUUCAAGAUCUGUUGAUUUUUAUGAAAAUGUUACCAAAACUGAGACGGUUAAUAAUACGGAUUUGGCGAGUAAUUUUGAUGAGACAAAGAGUAUUGAGAAGAAAAAGUGA